CCUAUUUUCCUCUUUCAAACCAAACAACUACUUUCUCUCUCCCUCCAUCCCCUAACCCCAUUACAAUCAGAGAAAGAUAUUCUGGAUCUCUAUUCAAGAUUGAGUUUUUAUGGGUUCCUGUCUCAGCUCUCAAAUCAAAACAGGCAGCAGAGAUGUUGGAACAGGGCAAGGAGGAAAUUCUAAACUGGGUAGUAGAAGUGGGAAGAGUUAUAACAGUGGAUCAAGCAGAAGGGUAUCUGCAGCAUCAGAAAAUGAAAUACUUUUAUCAUCUUCAAAUCUUAAGAGUUUUACAUACAAUGAUUUGAAAGUUUCUACUAGAAAUUUUCGGCCUGAUACUGUUCUUGGAGAAGGUGGGUUUGGUUGCGUUUUCAAGGGUUGGAUUGAUGAACAUACUUUUGCAGCUACUAGACCUGGAACUGGUAUUGUUAUUGCGGUUAAGAAACUUAAUCAAGAAGGUCUUCAAGGUCAUAAAGAGUGGCUUACUGAGAUUGGUUAUUUAGGUCAACUUUAUCAUCCAAAUCUUGUUAAGUUGAUUGGUUAUUGUUUGGAGGAAGAUCAUAGGUUAUUAGUAUAUGAGUUCAUGCCUAAAGGAAGUUUGGAGAAUCAUUUAUUCAGAAGAAGUAGACACUUUGAACCACUUUCAUGGAGUUUAAGAAUGAAGGUGGCUCUUGGGGCAGCUAAAGGACUUGCUUUUCUUCAUAGUCCAGAAGCUAAAGUCAUCUAUCGAGAUUUCAAAGCCUCUAAUAUCCUCCUUGAUUCUAACUAUGAUGCAAAGCUUUCUGAUUUCGGGUUAGCCAAAGACGGGCCACAAGAUGGAAAAAGCCACGUGUCUACAAGGGUCAUGGGCACCUAUGGUUAUGCUGCCCCCGAAUACAUGGCCACAGGUCACUUGACUACAAAAAGCGAUGUGUAUAGCUAUGGGGUUGUUCUUCUGGAAAUGUUGACGGGUAAAAGAGUAAUAGACAAGAACCGACCACCAGGGGAGAUAAACUUGAUUGAAUGGGCACGACCACACCUUUCAAGCAAAAGGAGGAUUUUGCAGAUAAUGGAUUCACGAAUAGAGGGGCAAUACACAUUGGGAGGAGCAAUCAAGGUUGCUACACUUGCUAUCAGAUGUUUAGCCACCGAACCUAAGUUAAGGCCAAACAUGACCGAAGUACUGAAAUCGUUGGAACAACUUCAGGAUUCAUGUAGAGAUUCGGUUUCCCCUAGAAACUUGCAACAACAACAGAAUAAGUCGAACCCGGUUCCUCAUCGUCGAAGGAAACAUGUUGAUGAAGUUUCCAAUGGAAAACCUGCUGUUGCUGCUAAUUUAAGGCCUGCUGCUUCUCCACUUGGGGCUUAAAUGAGUUGCAUAUUUUAUAAAUGCACCACUGGAAGCUGACUGGUUUCAUUUCAAUGUCAGUUUUCUGUAUAUGACUGAUUGAUCAGUCAUUCUUAUUGGGGUUAUUUCUUCUUCUUCUUAUGGUGAUGAUUAACAUUAAGGGAGGGAUUGGAUGAGAUUUUUUUGUAAUAAUUAAUAUAAUGUAAAUGUGAUCAUUCUUCCCUGUGAUUCAGACUGUAUAUGUUGAAUUCCCUUCUUUUA